GACACAACAAGUAAUCAACAAUUUGUAAAUUACUUUGGUCCCUCGGGAAAUCUGAAUUUUACAGUGACCACCAACUCAAACAACCAACAGAUCCUUAAAGUUCCGCUUUAUGAGGUUGAAGUUCGAUUCCGUGGUGAAGAUGGAUCUGUUGCUAUAACAUUUCCCCCAAGUGCCCAAUUUGAUGAGGAACCUGCUCUCUGCAACAAACAUACUGAUCCAAUUGAUGUGAAUGAACAAUUUGGCGCAGGAUUGGGAUAUUCAUCUUAUGAUAACUACAUAUUGUUCUUAAAUCAGGCUAACGUUGCACUCCCUAACUUUGA